AUGAAGGUUCUCACCAAAGAACAAGAAGCAGAGCACUACCGUGCCGUCCUCCGCGGUGGCACAAUCGGCGGUGUGGUAGGCCUAGGUGUGGGACUUGCGGGAGUUGCUUUGGCACAACGACGAUAUGCAUUCAUUCGCAAUCUCACACUACCUCUCAAAGCCUUCCUUGUCACCUCAAGCGGCACAUUUGCCGGCAUCAUCAACGCAGACACAUAUUCCCGCCAAUAUGAAGCGGACCAGAACCCCAAGGAGCGUCAGUAUCGAGAACGAGAAGCACAAAAAGUUGCCGCAGCACAGGCCAAUCGCACUUUUACCGAAAAGGCCAUGGAGUUUGGUCGUCGAGAGCGUUACAAGAUUGUCGCCGGUUCUUGGGUGGCUUCUAUGGCCGCAGCUUUUGCGAUUGUCAACCGCAAUAAGUACAUAACUGGACCCCAGAAACUUGUCCAGGCCAGAGUUUACGCUCAAUUCUUGACCCUCGGAGUUUUGAUUGCCACGGCCGCUUUCGAGAUUGCUGACUCAAGGAACCAAGAAGGUCGCUUCGAGACAGUGCGAUAUCUCGACCCCACCGAUCCAGAACAUAAACGAUACCUCGAAAAACAAGUCGAGCUAGAAACUUCGCAAGGCCAUCACAAUCCUAACGAUGACCUGUGGAAAGAGAUGGUGGCAGCCGAAGAAGAAAGAUUACAUCAGCGUGAGGCCAGACACAAAGAGCUAGAGAAGGAGCAUCAUAAGCGGAACAACGGAGGCCACAAAAAGUCCUCCAAGAAGCCAGCGGCCGACGAACAGGAGGAGAAAUAA